ACGAGGUACAACAUUACUUGCAUACAGAUUAAGCUAAAGAGGCCGAAGACGCCUUCUUUUCUUUCCCGUUUUCUUCCGAGAGUAAAAAAAAGAAAAAGAAAAAGAAAAAGAAAGUGAAAAAAAGCCUCCUUGUAUUGUACUACUAGGGUUUCUUUGAUUCUGCCGUGCCCGCUUUGGAAAUAUAAUCCCAAAUACUUACAAUUUCCUAGGGUUUUAGUGUCACCGAUUUCUCUUCCUUCAAACCCUAAAACCUAAAAUCAAAUCAGAAACCAGAGAACAGAGAUGGAAGACGGAAGAGAGGAAGUAGGGCUUUCGUCGAUAAAGAAGCUAGCGUCCUGUGACAAGGGUACCCGAGACAAAGCUCUUACCUUCCUCCUUGACACAUGGCUUCCCACUCACACCCUUAUCUCUGAAGACCUUAUGAAGAAGCUAUGGAAGGGGCUUUUCUACUGCGUUUGGCACGCGGACAAGGUCCCCGUCCAGUCCCAACUCGCCGAUUCCCUUUCUACGUUGAUUCCCAAGCUCGAUCUUUCACUCUCACUCCAAUACUUCUCCGUGUUCUUACUCACCAUGCGCCGGGAAUGGAGUGGAAUCGAUGUUUACAGGUUAGACAAGUUUUAUCUUUUGCUUAGGAGAUUUCUGCAUAAUUUCUUUGUUUUGUUGAAACGUAAUUCGUGGGAUUUAGAGCUUUCGCAACGUCUAAUGGGUGUUUUGGAGGAGAGGACUUUCUUGGAUGAUGAUAACAUUCAGGGGAAUGGUGUUAAUUACCACAUUGCUUCUAUUUUUCUCGAGGAGCUUAGGCCUUUUCUCCCGAUUCGGUUAGAAGUGCUUGAGCUUCUUUAUAAGCCUUUUCUUUCGGUUAUGGCAAAGAAACCCGACAAGGUCUUGCUGGCAAAGAUCAAAUCUAAUAUGUUUGAUGAGUUACUGAAAAUGGGGAAGAAUUUUUUGGAGCUUAAGAAAUCCGGGGAGGAUGUAGAUUCAGGUAGUGAUUCAAUGUUGCUUGGUUCGAUAGCUUUGACGAUGGAAUUUUCAGCCAAGUUCUAUGAAUUGGGUUCUUCAGCCGAUUGCUGCCAGGGAAAUAGAAAAGUUCUGUUUAGUUUGCACGAGGAGUUUUCUAAGUUAGAGAAAGAUUUGGCGUCUUCAGGAAUUGAUGUUUCAAUUCCUGAUGUUAUUGAGCAUAAUGAAGAUGAAGUGCCAGAUUUGAUUCCUAUUACUUCCGAGGGGAUGGAAGUGAGUGCUUCAGAACCUAUUGAGGUUGCGGAGGAUUGCAGGGUGUCUUUACGGAAGUGUGGGAAGGCUAACGAUGUUGGUGGCGGAGAUAAAUUGCCGAAGAAGAAGAAAAAAAAGAACAAGAAGAACAAGAACAGUCAGAGUACUGAUUCUGAUCCAGAGAAGAGUUCUACAGUUAAUGGAAAUAAAGACGAGGCUGAAGCCAAUGGUGAUGAAAUUAUGAGUGACAACCUUUGCGAAGGAGAUCUUGUGCCUCUUAAUGAGUCUGUAAUAUCAAACCUCCAGCAGCAGUUUGAGAAGAUUGCUGCUGAAGCUGGCUUGGAGGAUGAUGUACCUAUUUCCUGUGUUGUGCCUAAAAGGUCUAAGACCUCUAAGAAAAGAAAAAGAGCCAGAGUUGUGGAUGAGAAGCAAUCUCAAAAUUCUCUUCAGACUGGUGAAGAAAGUGCUAAUGGUGCCAUAAGUGCAAAGAGUGGGGAGAAGAAUGCAAAGAAGGUAAAGUUUUCGAUGAAAAAUAAUUUGAUAUGGAAGCCUCAUAAUCCUUUGCCUCCACAAAGUUUGAGAUUGCCUCCCUCUGCUACACCGAGAGGAAGUGCUCUUAAGAAAGGGGUACCUCCAGGUCCCAUCAGGGAAAUCCCAACCUCAGCUGCGAAGAAGGUCAAAUUGAGAGCAGUUUCUGUGAAAAAGGCCAGGAAGGGCAUCAAGCGGUUGAAGAAGAAAAAAUCUCUUUCUGCUUAGUGGUUGUCUCAUUUUAGUGGAAAAAAGAAUCUGCUAAUGUUUGCUUGUUUUAAUUUUUUCAAGAUUCUCUGAAAUUCUUGUCCAAUUUUUCUUACUUACAUCUCCUUUUGGAAUUGAAUCUUAAAGUAUGAUUUGUUGUUUUUUAUUGGUUUAUUCAUCGGGAAAUUAAUGAUGAUUGCAUGAAAA